AUGUGGGCAGCAUGGCGCAUACUUCUGGAAUUUGAGGCCCGUCACUUGUUUGGGUUGCUGAAACAUGAGGAAGGGAAGAAUAAAUAUUGUCUAGAAGCAAAGAUAUACAUUUCUGUUCUAGUUCGGAUUGAGAAUACCUAUUUUCGACCCAAAGGCAUGCUCCAUCUAGAUUCCAGCAAAUAUAGUCGGGUUAGGUAA